UGAGACUUUCAUGUUAAAGAUUUUAUUAUUUUCGGCAGAAUAAAUGUGAAAUUCCAGUUUUCCUUUGUAUUUGUGACUUCUUAACAUCAUUCUUUAUUUAGAUAUACGUGGUUACAGUUUAUUUUUUAGUGAAUUCGAUGACAUUGUAUCGUGAACUCGAUGUGCGUUUUGGCCAUUUUACUUGGCUUGCGUUAGUGAUUCGUAUGUAGUCACGUGAUCAAAGUGAAUUUUGGAUCAAUGGCGCCAAAUGCAUAUUACAAAAAAUGUUGCAUAUACUGUUGUUAUAUAGAAUAGGGCAGUAUCAUUAUAUAGCAUAUUAUGUGACAUUUUACACUAUGUUAUUGCCUCGAUCUAAGUGUAAGGUAGUGUGAUAGGCGUGAACAUGUAGGUUGUGGAAAAAAAACUAUUAAAGAUGUCGUUGAGAGGCACUAAGCGGGCCUGCGGGAUCCGCGGUGAUGAAGCAGGCACUUCCAAAAGACGUAGAGUGGAGUCAGAGGAUGCCCUCUGGCAGUUACGGCCUGUGAGUGACCUCAAGAUGUCAUCAAUAUAUAAUAGAAAUGCCUCUGAGGCACCUGCUGAACUAUUCAGAAAAGAUUUCAUCUCCAUGAUGAAAUUAGCUGAUUCAGAACCAUUAACAACUAAUGAUUAUUGGAUCAUCACUGACACAUGGAAACAAGAUUGGGAAAGAGGGGUGCAAGUACCUGUAAACCCAGACUCUUUACCUGCGCCAAAAGUUAACAUUAUUAAGAAUCCAAAGCCACCAAACUUUGUAGAAUUCAAACUACCUAAGGAUAAAUACAUACAUCUUUCAAGAGAUGCUCACUAUCAACCUGAUAAACAUUUGAUAAGCACAACUCCAACUCAAGCAGAGACAGCAUGCAGUUAUGAUCUUGAUGCAACUGAUACAGCAUGGCUUAAGUUGUUGAAUGCAGAGAGAGCAAGAGCUGGAGCCACAGCUAUAACAGAAGAUCAAUUUGAGAAGGUUAUAGAAGAACUGGAGGUGCGUACAUGGGAGAAAAUACAAUCUAUCAUUAAGUCUGAAGAAGGACUGGGCUUGGAAUAUGAUGAAAAUGUGAUUUGUGAUGUCUGCCGAUCUCCUGAUUCAGAAGAUGGAAAUGAGAUGGUGUUUUGUGAUGAGUGCAAUAUCUGUGUGCAUCAGGCCUGCUAUGGAAUCACCGUUAUUCCUGAAGGUCAAUGGUUAUGCAGACCCUGCAGAGCUGGUGUAAAACCGAAUUGUGUUUUAUGUCCAAAUCUCAGUGGCGCUAUGAAGUGCACCCCAUCCGGACACAAGUGGGCCCAUGUAAGUUGUGUCCUAUGGAUACCUGAAGUCUCUAUUGGAUGUGCUGAAAAAAUGGAGCCCAUUACAAAAAUAGGUUCCAUUCCGCAAUCCCGCUGGUCUUUAGUUUGUGUUUUGUGUCGUGAACGGAAAGGAGCUUGUAUUCAGUGCUCAGUAAAAACUUGUAAAACUGCUUAUCAUGUGACUUGUGCUUUUAAGCAUGGACUUGAAAUGCGUGCAAUAAUAGAAGAUGAAAAUGCAGAUGAUGGUGUGAAGUUACGAUCAUAUUGUCAGAAACACAGUGUAAAUUCUAAAAAAGAAAAAUGUCCUGGUUCUGGGGAAGAAGAAGAAGAAACCAAAAGAAAACGACGUAAAGAUAUGACAUCAGAAGAAAAGAAUCAAGCAAGGGCAGCCCGCCUACAAGAAAUUGAGGCAGAAUUUGAUGAACACAUUGGUAUAAGUGAUAUAAGUACACACCCUGAUGUAGAUCAAGAUACUAUUAGCUACAUCUAUUACUACUGGAAAUUGAAACGAAGGGCUGGACAUAACAGACCAUUAUUGCCACCCAAAUCAGAUAAUAAUGAACUCCUCACUCACCGGCAAGAACAAGCUGAUCUAGAGAAAAUGAAAAAGUUUGUACAAUUAAGGCAAGACUUAGAAAGAGUUCGGAACUUGUGCUAUAUGGUGAGUAGAAGAGAAAAGUUAUCCAGGUCUUAUUUUCGAAUGCGUGAGCAAACCUUUCACAAACAAAUAGCAGUUUUAUCUAUUGAUACAUCUGUAUCUACAUCAGAAUUAACUGCCAUUAUAGAAGCAAAUCAUGGACCAUCCAUAUAUGACCGUUUAUACUCAGGUCCUAAUGCUCCAGACCAUGAAAAAGAUUUUGAUGAUCUCCUAGCUCGUAUAGCACCACAAGUUUCUCGUGAAGGGAAGAAAAGAGAUAGAAAUGGUCAUUUAAGAAGAUCAAAGUCAUCAUCUAACCCAUACAAGAAACAUUAUGUUAAUGGUUCUCGUAGUAGAGGGGCAAUGUAUAGUGGACUAUCUAGUGAAGAGAGUGGUACAGAAAUUGGCCGCUCCUCAAAAUACAAAGGUAGAGCCAUUGGUUCAAGCACUGAUGAGGAUAUAAAAAAGCCAGUAGCUUCAAAGAAAAAAGUUUCUCCAAAAGGCAAGUUGAAGAAAUCUCCAAGAAAAUGUGAACAGAAGAAAAAGAAAUUGCCAAGAUCAAAAGCUAUUGUGGAAAGCAGUUCUGAAGAUGAAGUUUGUAUAGCUUCAUCUAAAACAAAGAAAGAUCAAACCCGUAGUAAAACUUUACAACAAAUGGAAAAAGAGAUGACAGCUGGUAGAAUGGGUGUUUCAGGCUCAGACAGUGAUGAUUUAAUUCAAAUAAGAACAACUCGAAAUAAUAAAUUUCCAGUCGACAUUUAUUCCGAUAGUAGUGAGAGUCUCAAAGAUAUUUCAAAAUCAGAAAAAAUUAUGGCUGAUGGAUCUCCAACUGAUACAGACUCAUUGCAACAAUUACCUAGAACUAAAGCUGCAAUGAAAGAAUUUAUUCCAAGUCAUACAACAACUCAAGAUAAAAAGACUUCAGAUGAUAUCAAACCAUCACCUAAGAAAAGGGGCAGGAAGCGAAUAGUCAAAGCUAAAACUGUACUGGAUAAAUCAAAUGAGACAGAUGAGGAUGCUAAAAAUAAAGAAAAUAUAAAAUUGUCCAAACAAAAGGAUAAUCCCACUGAUUUAAUUGUUCCACAAAGGCAAGCUGCUAAAAAGGCAUCCGAAAAUAUGAGAUCUACAACAACUUCCAAAAAAGAAGAAUCUGCAACAGUUGAAAAGCAAGUAAGUGGAGAUGACUCUAAAAAUAAACCAAAGGUUAAGUCUAAAGGUACCGAAAUAAAAGAUUCUAAACCUGCAAGAGUUGGUAGAAAGAAGUCUUCUAAAGAUCUUAAAGAACCUAUAGCUUAUGUGCCACAGAGGCAAGCUGCAAAGAAGGCAGCUGCACAUAUAAAAAGUGGUCUGGGAUCAAAACCACCAAUAACAGAUGUCUCAGAUAAUGACAAAAAGAAGGAACCUGAAAAGAUUAAUACUUUAAAGUCUCCUAAAAAGACUAUUGAAGAAUCAAAGAUCUCCAAAACAGCCAAAGAAGAGAGUUCAAGCUCUUCUUCAAAUUCUAGCAGCAGCAGUUAUUCAUCUUCAUCUAGCUCUGAUGAGGUACCCGAAAAAGAAAAACCUAGCAUUAAACCUACUGCUAAAGCAAGAGAGAUAAAGCCAAUUCCAAGGCCAACAUCUCUCUUUUCACCACCAGGCUCUAGACCAACAGUGGAUUUGCCCUUUCUCGACAAGGUGUCAAGACCACUGUCUUCCACUAGCGCCUCUAGUGAUUCCGAUAGCUCAAAAGGUUCCCGCUACUCAAUUACGAGACCCAGGAGACGUCGAAAAGCAAAAACUAUACCCGUUGAUGAGUCCUCUCACAAGGAUCCAGACAAGAAGCUUAAAACUUCCGAACGGAAAUCCGAGUGUGGGACAUCAUCACCGACUUUUGAAAGAGAGAAACCUCUUAUAUCAAAUGACACGCAUCCUGCCUCAUGUUCUCGGACCAGAAGCUCUCCAUCAGGCGGAAAUAUCGCUGAUAAGCUUGAUUCCAGAACAAGAGAAUCAUCCAAAGACGACAGUCUUACCCCUUCCUCCAACAAAGUUACAGAAGAGAUCAAUAAGUCCACUGAACUUCCAACUACGGAGCGGAAAACGAAUGAGGAGUUAAUUCAGACUAAUGAGGAAAAAAUUAAUACAGAAUUACUAAUUAAAAGUGAUGCUGAAUGUGACAGUAAAAUGCCAUCUCUGGAAAAUACUACUAAUGUUGUAGAAACUAAGGUCGAAAAUGUUCCUAAAGAGGAAAUUAAGGUUGAAGACCUCACUCAAACAUCAGACAAACAUCCAUUUUCUCCCAUUGCCUCAAACAUGUCGCCCGUAAAAGAAACUGAAGAUCAUUUUGAAAAUAGUUCAUUAACCACACAUGAAAAUUGGAUCUCACAUGCACCAAGCCCUCACAUACAUCCACCUCCAGUUGAGAAACCAGGGGAUCAUGAAAAAUAUAUGACUGAAGAUAAGUCAUUGGAUGCAGACUUAACAGACAGGAGUAGCAUAAAAAUGAUUGCAAAGAUUCAAGCUAACUUAAAUGAAAACACUAUGAUUAAAUCACCUAAAACACCAAUGGAUGCAAGAACAAUAUUAUUAGAUUCUAUUGACACUGACAACUCAAUAGCUAGAAAUGUGAAAAAGCGCCCACUGGAAAAGAAAUUUAUAAUACAAGAUGUGAGCCAUGUUCAAGGAGUAGAAAUUUCGAAGAGUGCUAAAAUCCCUUCAUCUGUCAACACAUUCCCUAAUCGAAAAGUAUUUUCUCCACAACCUAGGGAUUCUGAACUCUAUGAAAUUGAUAUAUUCACACCUUAUUCAGAGUUUAUGUUCAAGGAAGAUUCUAAAGAACAAGGUGUGCAAGAAACAUUAAACUUAGUUGAUAGACUCAGAAUGCAAUUAAGCCAUAAGAAAGCACAUUCAGAAAACCCUCCUGAUGAAAGUUUUGUAAGUGAGAGUAAAGAUUUUGAGAGUGACAUUUUGGGUACUGAUACAUGUUCGAGAAAACCUAAUCAUGUUAGCCCAAUAGGAAUCUCAGUAGCAUCACAAAAUGAAGAUAAGAAAUAUUUAGUUAAGGAUCAAGUGAAUAGUUUGCCUAAACUUAUUGAACCUUCAACAUUGACAUUGCCACAACAGUCUCCAAAUAGAAAGACACAUACAAUUAAUUUACUAUCUACAAGUCAAAGCAGUCAAAAUUCUUUACUAACAGAUGAAAAGUGGCAGAAUUCUAUCGCACCGCUUAGUGAUUCUCUCCGCGAUUAUUCAAUUGAUAGAAAAUUUGAUGAUACAUGUUCAUUUUCUGAUGAUAUAAAGGAGCCCUCUACAGCUCAGUCAGAUAUACGUUCUAUUUCUGAAAUAGGGGACACUAUAUCACUGUCUAAGCAAAGUGAUGAUUCUCAGUCAUUAUCUGUCGUAGAUCAUUCUGUUGACAAUGAAUUUACACAAGAUAAUCAACCCUAUGAAAACAACAACUCAAUGAUACAUUCAGACUGUGCUACAGUGUCAUCUCCAUACAUAAGCCAUGAAACAAAAUGGCAAGAAAGUAAGAUAACAACAAGGAGGUCUUCUGCUUCAAGUACGAAUUCAGAAGGAUCUUUAAGUUCAAAAACAAAUCUGCAUAUCAAUACUUGUGGUUCUCGUCAAGGUGGCGUUAUUCCAGAAAUGGAAGCAUACCCACCCAUGCCUCCAUACUCACAUCAUGUUGAAACCGCAUUGUCUCUAAAUCAGUUUGCGAAUUAUCCUCAAAGUGCUUCCCCAUAUUUAGGGCCUAUGGCUUUACCAUUAUUUGCACCUGGGUCUUGUGCUUCGGCACAGUUAUCCCUUUCUUCUCCUGGGCCAGGACUUUUUGUUCCAAGUCUUUCUUAUUCAGCAACCUCUCUCAUGCCCUCAUUACCUAAACCUAACUUUUCUAAUCUGUGUGCAGCUUUUACGUCAUCAUCUCAAAAUAUAGCACUGACAACAGCUAUGAUCGCUUCACCGACGUCAAAACCAAUUGACUCUCCAUCAGAAGAUAUUGAUGUAACUGGAAGUGAUAAAAUAUCUAUUGUAACCCCAUCAAGUCCAUCAUUAAGUGUGGGCUCAUUUAAUGAGAGCAACAGCAUGAAAGAUACAAAACCGAAUGAUGUAGGUGACACUCAUGUAAAUUCACAUGAAGUAAAAUCUCCCCUUAAACCAGCAAAACCAAUACCUUCAAAACUAUCUGGGAAAAGUCCUGGAAAAUCUCCAAAGCAAAGUGACCUCACAAAAGUUACCAAAAAACCAAGCAGUCGAAAUAACAGAAGUCAACGAGGGCGUGGCCGCAAUAAGGGUCGUGCUCAUAAUUUCCCUGUCAAUGAUUUUAUGGAAAAUUCUAUACAAAGUAAACUCGUCGGAACUGUUUAUGAUUUUGAAGAAGAAAUUGCUAAUGAUGGUGUUAAUCUCAAAGCCCUUAGAGAACGUAGAAAGUCCUUAGACAUAAAAGAUGACCGAAGUCGUUCUGAUCAUUCUUAUAAAGAUCCAGAUUCUCCACAUACUUCUAGUCCACAUCAAAUUAAACCAGAAAUCAAAGAUUCAAAAUCUCCUCCUACCGAAACCAAGACUGAGCCUAAAUCUCCAACAAGCAAAAAUAGCACAGAAAAUGGAGGAUUUACUCAAGUCCAGGCAGUUUUACCUGGACCUGUUGACAUGCGUACAUACAAUCCUAUGGAUGCUCCACAGCCAGCUGCCAGUGAUGUAUACCAUAGCCAUUUGUUGGCUUUUGCUAGUGGAACAGCUGAUCAACAAUUAGCAGAGAUUGAUGAAGAGGUUGAAAAACAAUUGCAUUCAGCGUUGAUGGCGAGCAACCCAGAAUCUGAAUCUCCUGGAGCUCCACAAGUUCAAAAUGCAACUGAAAUUAACAAAGAUUCUUCAAUACCAGUACUACCUAAAGUCUCCUUAUCAGAUUCUCGAAACCAACUCAAAGUGAAAAUUAAAGGCCCUUUCUUGGAUGCAAACUAUUCCACCAGUUCUUCAGUUCCAACUGCACCUAAGCCACCUGUCCCUGUGCAUGAUACUAAUUCAAGUAUUUUAACAGUAACAACUAGCUCCAUACCUGCUACCGGAUCUACAAAUUUAAGACGAAUGCGCAAAAAGGAAUUGCUUCGUCAAUAUUGGACACAAGAUAUGAACAUGGAUGAUCCUUCUAAUAAUAUAAGUGUUGGUAUUAUACCGCCGCCUGUUGCGCCACAGCCUUUAAUUCGUGCUGUCAUAACUAUUCCUAAAGCUGUAGCUUCGAUGACAAGUAUACCAACAAGAGAAGACUACAAAAUGAUUGAUACUCCUACUGUUGAGAAGAAAAAACGUAAGAACACUUCACUGUCUCGGGAGUUGAGACAAUUAACAAAAAAUAGUGAUAUAGAUAUCACUGACAAUAUGAAGUUAUCAAAUUAUGUUGCUGGUUUAGACCAAUAUCCAAAAAGACGCACACGCAUUCCUAUCAAGUCUAGCCCACCUCAUGAAAUUGAAACAUCUCCAGUUGCGCCUAAAUUAAAAAUCAAGAUUGGUUCCAAGUUAGUACAACCAGUGGCUGAAGACACUUCUGGUUUCCAGUUACGUCCUCCAAAGAAACGUCUUCAAGCGAUUAUACCAAAACCUACUUUUGAAGACUUAAAACGCGAGAGUAUGAAAUACAGACGCAAAGUCAUGGCAGACUUUCAAGAAGUCGAGAAGACUAAAAAACAAAAGAAAGAAAAGAGUAAGAAGAAGAAAGACAAGAAAUGCGAUAAAGAAAAGCUUUUAGUGGUCAACAGUGAAAGUGAUAAUGCGACGAAACUAAUAAUUAAAAUAAAACGACAUAAGGAUGAGGAUCAGAAAGAUGAUGCUGGUGAUAGCAGUUCUGUGCCAGUAGCAUCAGCUGCCCCCGAACCUGCAGCUGAUCCUUUUGACUAUGACCCUUCAGCCCCAGAUCCACUUGCAAUAGAUCCACCAUUUUCUGACUCGACAUCUGCACUGCGAAGGAUACGGACUGAGAAAGUAACUCCGAUAAGGUUAAAACGUAGUGCGGAAGGUUCUGGAUAUGUGAUGAAGAAAGCGAGAUUGGAGAAAGCAGCAGCUCAGGCUGCUAAGAGCUGUGCUUCUGUCCCCUCUGCUGCAUCACCUCCAACUCUCGAAGACAAAUGUGCUGUGAGGUGAUAUAAAAAGUUAAGAUACCGAACACUAUAUAAAUUAUAAUUAAUGUAAGAAGUCUAGUGUAUAUAGUUAUAUCAAAUUACUCUUAAAUGUUGAUUGUAAAUUAUUUAUUUGUAUAAAUCGAAAGCUCAAUUUAUAACAUCACCAUAUUUUCUGUAUAGCAGAAAUAUGUUUAGUAAAUAUGGAUAGAUUUUAGUUAUAUUAUAUUUAGAAGUUCUUUACAAAUAACUCGUAAUAUGGAAUCUCAUAAAAAGGAUAUUUUAAGUUGGUUAUAAUAUUGUUUGAAUUUAAGAAUUUUUGAUUCCAAUUUCAAUAGGACUAGAUUAACAAUUACCAAAUUGUAAAUUGAAAAGUAUGGGUAGUGGUAAAACAAAUUCACCAAACCAAAUAUUUGUUGAUUCUUAAAAGCACUUUAAAAAAUAGCUCUCCAAGCAAGUUUUGUCGAAGUAAUUUAUGAAAUUAGUUUAUUAAAAAUUGUGAUUCAUUUUAAUUUAAAUUUCCCUCUAACAUGAAAACUUACUGUUAUGUUUACAAUAUUCCUUUAAUUAACAUAAUUAAAAGAAAAUAUAAAUCAUUAAUUGUUCCAAAAUAUUUUAGGAAUUACCACAUUAUUCAUAAUAAUUAUGCAUAUUAUAUUGUUGUAUAGCAUUCAAUAAUAUCCUCUAUAUAUAAAAUUAUGCCGUUUUGGAUGUACAAUUUCAAAUUCCGUUUUAAUACAAUGAACAACACUUUACUUGAGUUUUAAAAGUAUUCUGGGCCUUGCUCAAGCAAAUUAAUGAUGUGAUUUUGUAUCUAUUUGUUACAGGCUUAAUAUAAUUAAUUGAUUAUUGUAAUUAUUAAUUAAUCGUGUAAGGCUCCCUCUAAAUACAUACUUAAAUAAGUUAUCAAUAUGUUAAAUAGAAAAAUGUUUUGUCUGUUAUUCACUUAUUAGGCCAUUUUCUGAUAACUCCGAUGAAAAGGAGACUGUAAAAAUUAUUUUCUUUCCCAUCACUUAUAAUGGGGUGCUAUUUUUUAAAACAUAAUUGUAAAAAUCAUUUAUAUAAUAGUUUACUAUGAUUAUAAAUGUUUUAGGAGUGUGGAGGGCAUUGUAAUGACAUAUUAUUAUAUCUUAUAUACUGUUUUUUGCCAGUAAUUGUAUGAUAGUCUUCAACAUUUCCAUGAAUUUAAACAAUUCUUAUUAGAAUGCUAGCUUAUAUAGUUUGCAAAAGGGAAUUUAAACAGCUACAAUUUGUUAACAUUGCCCAAUUAGCAAAUUUAAAACCUCUAGUUAAAUUCAUUAAUGGUUCAAACAUACCACUACUACCAUAUCAAACACAACAAUAAGAUGUCUUUCACUGUGUAUUGUAUAUAUAAUGGAUAAGAAUCCAUAACCAAGAGGUUAUAUAAUAUGAAUUAAUUCAGGGCAUGAUAAUAAUAAUAACGUGCAAUAUUUUCUAAUACUCGUUGGAUAGUCAGAGUAGAAAUAUACCCCUAAUGAGGUGGAUUAGUUGUAAGUGUUCUAAAUAUUUAUUAAAUGUAAUUUUGAUUAUUUAAUUCGAUGUGGAAUUGUAAAUAUCAUAUAUAAACAUUGUAUUUAAUUGAGGUUGAACACAAGUACACUACACACUGUAUCACAAUGAAACAUGUUAAAUCUUAUUGGUAUAAUUAAUUGUGAAAAAUAAUCUUAAAAUGAUAUUAUCUGCUUUUUAAAACAUAAACUCUGUUUUAGUCAAUGUGUCCUAAUUGUUAAAUUAAUAGUUAUUGUGAACAAAAUUAGAAUAUUAAAUCAUUGUAAAUUUCAUUUUAUUGUAGCAAUUAAGGCGUAAUCAAUUUAGUCUUACUUUUAGAAUAGUUUUAUUGUAGACAUCAGAUUUUUGCCAUUUUUCGUUCCACAUGUUUGUACUUUUGUCCUAUUAUUCAGAUUUCAAUGUUGUUAUAUUUAUUUUUAUAUGAAUGUUUUAGGAGUCAAUGCUACAUUUUAUAAUAAUGCACUUUUUGGCGUGUUUUUACAUAUUUCAGUGAUAAGUUAAAUUUCCGAAAUAUUUUUAAGAGUGUAACGCUCUGAAUAAAUCUGUUUUAAAUUAUGUAAAGAAAAAGUAAAAAUAGGCCUAGAAAUAUUUUGCCUAAUUACACAAUAGGCCUUUAUAAAGUUAUACAUAGUAUAAGCUAAAUCAAGGAUUCCCAAAUAUUUUUGGGCAAAAGACCCCUAUAACUAACAACUUUAAUUCCUAUCCCUAGUUUUUCCAUACAUACUUAACAAUUUAUAAAGAAAAUAAAAGACAUAACAUUCAGUAAACAUCAAGUGUAUUAAUAAAUAUUAAGAUCCAUUAUCUCACUAUCAGUUUGGGAGUCAAAAAGCUAAAUGAUAAAUAUAUGCUAAUCUUAUUGAAAUAAUUUGGAUGUGAAUAGCAUAUAAUAAAUUAGCUUUGUGUUUGUUCUAAAAUUAUUUAUGGCUCAAAAAAUCUCAAAUUAUGUUUGUCCUAAAAUGAGGGUGUUAUGUUGCAUACCUAUGUGGUAAUUAGCGAGAAAUAAAUGUGUGUUAUCAUUUACAAUAACUGAUCAAAUAUGAGUUAAAGUUCAUCCUUGUAAGGCUCAAUUUUAAAUUUUCUUACUUAUCCGCAAAUCACUACUAAUUAGAACCAUGUGGCGGCUCAACCAACACAGGUUUUUACUUUUUUAUUUGUGGAGCCUUUAUACAAACCACCUGGCUGCUUUGUGUGACCUGUCACUCCUAAACAAUAUUAUAUUUUUGAACACUGCUCAAAACGUUUAAUAUUAAGUAAUUAUUUUAAUUCCUUUUAAAUGAGCACAUGGUUACUUUACACAUUUCCUUUUCUCAACACCUGUUUUAAACUUGUUGGUAAACAGUUGUACAGAGAAUGCAGUAAUUCUUAUAAUUGUAAGCUUUUACAGUGUGCAUUUAUUAUUUUAGGAAUUUUUGCGGGGGUCUACUUUCUAUUUUUAAUAUCACUUUUAGAUAUUGUGUAAUCUAUGAGAUCCUUAUACAAAAUAUAGCUAGUAGUAUUCCUAUGGCCAAUCAUUCAUUAUUUGUCAAUAUUAUAUUAACACCUACAUACAUACAUAGUCUGCCCAAUACAGUGUAACUUGAACAAUUUAAAACAACACAACUCACCAUCAUCAUAUCACUAUAUAAAAGUGUCCUCACAGUAAUGGCAUAAUAAUAUGUUGUGAUCGGGGAUACUUCAUCAUUGUGAUCUGUAUCACAUUUUUGUGCAUUAAAUAUUACAAUUCUAUUUGCGUUAGCUUUAAAGUUUUUCAUUUAAUUUUUACAUAUUUUAAAUAUUAUAAAAAUAUUUUAUAUUCAAUAUGUCUUUUAAUAUAAUAUUAAUGUGUAUAUUAUGAAGUCGCCACAGCAAUCAUUAACUACUAUUUAUCUUAUUACCUUUUUUGAAAAUGGAUUUUAUCAGAGUGAUUUGUGAUUUUAUUGAUUUAAAGCAGAAAUGAAAAUAGAAAUUACUUUGAUAUCCACAUUUGUAAUGGUUAUAACAAUAACAUCAAUAACAUCAAAAACAAAAUCACAUGCGAAUAGUCUUCCUGUUUUAGGCACCUAAUAGAUUUUCUUGUCUUAUGAUUGAUAUAGCCGCAUGGGAAAAUAUAAUUUUUGUUUACGCACAAGCAGUUCCCCAUAAAUAUUUAAAAACAUUACAUUUCAAAGUUUGUCAGGCAUGAAUUACCUUGUUACUGUGAUUUGAUUUAAUUUUUAUAUUUAGUUUUUUAGAUUAUUAUUCUAAGUUAUACUUAUGUCGCAUUAAAGAUUAAUAAGUGUUUAGUUUGAACUUGGAGACCAAUCGCGACUGGUAUAUUAUCAUUAAAAUGAAUUUACAAUAGACCAAAAUAAAGUGGUCAGAAGGCACUCAAUAAAAGCGCGGGCGAGCAUAAGUAUAUAAGUUUUAAAAUUUGACCAGGACUGAAUAUUUGCUUAAUUUAUUUAUUUGUUUUGGAUGUAUAUAGGGAUCAUAUUUAUAUUCACACUCUUGUUUUAAAUUAUUUAUUUGCUUGCUAAUAAUUAAGUAGUCGCAGUCAAAAAGUUGAGGUCUCAAUGCGCAUCGUUCUAAUACACGCUAUGAGUUUUUGAUUCGUAAUUCCAAUUGAUGGAACAAUCAAUCAUUGGAAAUGUAAAUAGCUUCCUAAAUUAAAUUUGUCUAAAAUCUGUAUAUUUAAGUUUUUGAAAUGAGUUUACAUUACAUUUUGGUACUACUAUAAUUAUAUAUUUGGUGUUAUUUAGACUUGAGCUUUGAGCGUAUGAUUUUAUAUAAAAUUAUUCUUUAGUUUACCGAUUAUUGUAAGUGUUGUUUGAAGCUAUAUUUUUCGUAAUAUAACUAGAGUAAGAGUCGUUAAAUGAGUGUUGUUGAAAUAUUUAAUAUUGUGUUACAAGUACGUAAGAGGUUGUAAGAGAAGUCAUUCGUGGGCUGACCGCCUGCGAUCUCUUUUUCUUCUGGGCUACCUCGAGGCAUCCUUGAGUUAUUUUCCGAACAGCCCUUGCAGAAUGGAUAGCAAUAAGCGUAAUAUCUUUUAAUGGUUUCCUAUGGUAGCUCUUAUUGAUCAGAGCACUUAUCAUAUAGAGUAGUAAAUAAGAUUCAGUACAUCAUAAUAUGUUGCAAUAUAAACCCACAUGACUGUAUAUUUUUUCAAGACAUACUCACAGGUCUUUGAGCGUAUGCACGAGAAAUAAGUCAUGUAAAUCUGAUUAGAAUAAAUUUCCGUAAAGUUUAAGCUCAUUGAAGUAAAUGAUGUUGUGUGCCACGGUCGCAAAAUCUCUGUUAGUUGUUUAUAUGUCAUGACUUUACAGUCAUUAGGUUUUAAAUAAUUCAUAAUAUUAAUAUUAUUUAUGUGAUAGCGAAUAAGUUUGAGAAAUAAGAGAGAUUAACACCUAAUACCAUUAUCCUUUUAAGUAUUAUGAUCAAGAUUAUUUCCAUUGGUUUUAAAAACUUAGUACGUAGUUAAUCUUUAAGUAUAAAUUGUACAAACUACUUAUGUACAGUCUAGAUUAAGGAGAGAAAUACAGAAAGUGUGAGCUGUGAGAGAAGCUAAGUGAAUCAAUGAAAAUUGAUUGGAUCAUGCUUAUAUGUUACGCGGGUGUUGUAAAUAGUGUAAGUUUCAAUGUGCACAUAGUCGCCUCCUUCAUUAAUAAAUUUUUUAGAUCAA